GGAAUGUUGGAAUCAAACAUAUUUUUCCUCGUUAGGAAGAAUUAAGAAAUAAAUCUAAAAAGUAAUAUAUAUUUAUAUCAUUAACCCUGUGCUAACGAUCAUUAUUGUCAUUUAACAUUGAGUAAAAUUUUCUAUAAAUUUUUACCGUAUUUUGUUUAAAACAAUGUCUUCGUUUGUUGCCGAUGUUCUUCUUUCAGCAGGUAAUUUGGAAAAAAUAGACUUAAAGGAAAAAAUUACUGAAAUCGAGAAGAAAAUAAUAAAACUUAAGCAUGAAGUUAAAGAAUUUAUGCACUACAAUUAUAUUGACUUUGUGCCAAGAAUGAAAAAAGAUAAUGCAAUGAUUCGAGAUGCAGAGAAAUUAAUUACGGAAAUGGAAAUAUUGGAAAAACGAGUAGACGAUCAAGUAAAACUUAAAUUACCCAGUUCGCAAAAAGAAUUAAAGGAUAUUUCCAAUUCACUCAAUGAAUUACAUUUAAGUCUUCAAAUAUCCAAUCGUCUUCUAAAUGUACAUAAAUGCAUAACAUCUGUAGAAAAGUUACAGGAAGAAAAAAGAUACAUUGAAAUUGCAAAUACUUUACGUCAAAUGCAAAAUUAUCUCAGUGAUUCAACUGUUAUUUUGCAAAAUCUCAAUAUUUACACAAAUUUAUUAAAUGAAUAUGGCACUUAUUAUGGUGCUUUUGUAACUGAAAUUACAACUCAAGCUCAAGAAUUUAUCUCUUGGAAGGAGGAAAUAACACAAAAAAAUGAAUUAAUCGUAAAUUUAACUAUUGAAAAUGAAAAUAAACAAAUAGAAGAUAUUAUAUUGGCAUUGCAUUAUGUUGAUCAUUUAUCGGCAUAUUUGCAUGCAUUUGCGAUAAAUUUAUUAAAACACUUUAUAAAAUCAAUUAUAACAAAAAAUUGUUACGUUUAUGUUGUUCAGGAGAAAGUUUUUAAUGUUGAAAUUAUUGACAAUAGCAAUACAUUACCUGAAUAUAAAAGUGUAUUGCAUAAUCUUCAAUUAUUAUUUACAUUUCUUAAUCAACAUUUCAAUAUGAAUAUUGGUGAUAGAACUUUUUUAUCAAGACUUGGAGAUUAUUUGCUUGAUGAAUUUUUUGAGCUUCUCAUAAAAAAUUGUAUUUCAAAUAUAAUUCCAAAUUCAAGAGCAAAAUUAGAAUCAUUUGAUCCAAUCGCUGAUGAUAUUAAUGAGUUUCAAAAUUAUUUGCUUGACAUUGGAUUGAUUUCUAAGGAACAAUGUUUUGUUUCUGAAUAUACAAAAGAUAUAGACAAUUUAUUUAUAAGUAAAAUAUGUGAAGAUUUUUUGGUAAGAGCAAGGGAUAUAAUGAAAAAAGAUUUGCAUGAUUCAAUUCUACUUGAACCGCAGGUACUUACUUUUGAUUCAAUUGAAAAUGAUUUGAAAGUAAGAAAAUUAAGUGAAAAUACAUUCCAAUUACCUACAUGUAGAAUAAGCAAAAGUGCUCAGGAAAUAUUACAUCUCGGCAAAGAAAUUUUAAAUGAAACAUGUCAAAGUUCGGAUAAAUGCGCAAUAAAAUUGUUUCAUACAAGUAGAAAUGUUUUUGAAAUGUAUUCUGCUUUAAUUCCCGAGAAUCAUAAAAUAUUAUUGGAAACAGUACCACAACAAGCGGCGUUGUUUCAUAAUAAUUGCAUGUAUCUUGCACACAAUCUUAUUACAUUAACAAAAGAAUACGAGUACAAAUUGUUGCCAAUUUUAAAACAACACAACAUCACUUACGCUGAUCAAACUUUAAUGCUUCGCAAAGUUGGAUGGGAACAUUUUUCCAAUCACAUGAAAAUUCAACGCGAUAUUAUUUUCGAUAUUCUUCGAAAAUCAGCGUUAGCAACUAUGAAACAAAGCCCAAAAUUAUCACAGGACACUAAACGUGAUUUAGAUCAAUGUUUAAGACAAUUGGAUCAUUUAAAAAUAGUUUGGAUAGAAAUUUUACCUGAAAAUAUCUAUUGUCGGGCAAUUGGUAAUAUUGCAAAUUCAAUGGUUGAAGAUUUAAUAGCUAAAAUAACAGCAGUUGAAGAUAUUCCAGCAGAUUUAGCAACUGAAUUGGUAACACUUUUAAAUAUGAUUGUCCAAAAGACGCCUUCAAUUUUUCCUGAAGAGGAAACAGUUCAAAGAUACAUUCGAAAUUGGCGAAAAUUAUUGGAAUUAAUAAUUGUGCUUGGCGCAUCUUUAGUUGAAAUUGAAAAACGUUGGGCAAAUUCACAAGGACCACUUGCUCAUGAAUUCACUGCCGAUCAAGUGAAACGUCUUAUUCGAGCACUUUUUCAAAAUACAGAACGACGAUCUGCUUUGUUAAUGCGAAUAAAAUAAAUAAAAAUUCUUUUCAAGUUGUCUUUUUUAAUUUUAUAUGAAAAUUACAAAAAAAGGAAUAAAAUAUAGAAAAAAAUUAUA